AUGAUUAUCAUCUCCGUCCGUGCUCAAGCUGAACCGUAGCGAUUUAAAUAGGCCUAUAUUUACAAACUUACCGCUUGAUUUUGCAUAACAGAAUUCAGAGGGGAUACAACAUUUGUUAUGGUGGGUUCUUCCCUGUGAGGCAUGAGCUGAUAUAUAAGAUUUUUACCAUACCCAGCCGAUUAGAUGCAGUCACAUCUUUUUUCUCAUAUGCCGCACGAUACGUUACACGAGAGAUAAAAGCUUACAAUGGGAGAAGUAGAUCACAGGAGGCAGGUUUUACAAGCUGUCUUCAAGACUUAUGAUGAGUCACAGUGUGGAGAAUUAACAGCUCAACAGUUACAGAGACUGCAUGGGGACUUAAGAAUGGGUGGAGUCAGUAUGCCUCAGGUGAAGGCAGCCAUGAGUUAUGUGUGCUUAGACGACUGGACCUGUGACUCCUUUGAGCUGUAUGAGGUCCUACAGGAGCUGGAUCGACGUUACUACCUCAUACAGGACCUGCGCUGGGAAUUCUCCAUGUUAGACAGGACUCAGUCCAACACCAUCUCUGAGGAACAGGCCAAAUGGUUAGUCCAGGCAGUGCAUGGUAGGUACUUUUCCAACCGACGAUGGGAAAAGUUUUUAACCAGUCGGCUUAUCCCAGGUGGUGGAGUAAGUUUUGGUGAGAUUGAGGUCAUGCUUUGCGAAAUCCCAAGUAAGCUUCAAGUGGAUCACGAGUUACAAGAGGCAGAAAGAGAAGAGGAAGCCAAACGUAAGAGGCAGAGAGAAAUAGAGAAACUUGUUCAAGAGGAGAAAGAGAAUGAAAGACUGAAGAGAGAGGAGCAGGCUAAAAACAAACAUAAAAGACAGCUGGAAGAAGAAGAGCAACUUGCAAGAGAGGAAGCAGAUCAUCAAAGGAAAUUACAAGAGAAGGAAGAAGAGGAGGAGGCGCAAAGGCUGAGAGAGCUAGAGGAGCAGCAGAGACUGGAGGAAGAGAGGAGAAAGGCAGUGGAGGAUCAGCUCUAUCACAAUGUGGAACAUCUAGCUGCAGAGGAAGCUGAGAAAGAAAAACAGGCUGAGACAGACUUUCAAGAUGCUCAACAGCGCAAGCAGAAGGCACAAGACGCUAGAAGCAAGAAGGAAGCGGAGACAGAUGAGAAGGAUGCUGCUCAGAGAAAGUCAGAUCACAGAAGGAAGCGGAUUCGCUAUGAUCUUAAGGUGGCAAUUAAAGCAAGGGACAAAUUUCACCUUCAGCAUUCCAUUAAAGAAUUCUCAGAUGAGCAACUGGAGGAUCAUGAGAUGGACUUAAUGAAGGCUGAACGUUUGUUGAGAGAAUUAACAGCUGGGGAUAAUCUCAAGCGAGCAAUGACUCAGCGAGAAGUCACAGAACUUGAGAGUGCAAUAGAAACUGUCAAGAAGCACGGCUUGGAGGCAAAUUUGGCAAAGGAAAUGAUUGCUGCCCACAAGAUGCUGGGUCGUUUGCGGCGCCUUGAGCGUAUUCGCCAUGAGAUUCUGGAACUGAAACAAGCAACUGUAGCUGAGAUUCGAAGUUAUCAGAAUCCUCCAGAAGUUGUUCACACCGUAAUGACCUGCACUUUCCUGUUGCUAGGUCACCCAGAAAAAGAAACUAAGAUCUGGAAAGCUGUACAAGCCCUGGUAGGAAAGACUGGGAAGGAGAGCUUAAAGAGACGAUGUCUGGGCUGUGAUCCUGGUAGUCUAAAUCCAUCAGCUACAGCACGUGCUAAAGCACUGCUCGACAAACACGAAUUGGAUGAGGUCAGGGACGUGUCAGCUGGAGCAGCUACCUUCUAUGUUUGGUGCAUAACAAUGAUAGAAGAAGCAAUAGAGGUGGCCAAGCAAAAGGAAGAGGAAAGGUUAAACCCCAGAUUAGUAGAGACACCUAUGGCCAAGCCAGCGGCAGCAGCUCCAAGCAAAAGACCCGCUCAGACCAGGAACAGUGGCCCGAAAGGACAGAGACAAGCCAGGUCGCACAGCACAGGACGCUCUGGAAAUCGCAGGAGCACAUCCAAAACACCGGAACGCAGUCUUGUGCAAGAAAAGAUGAACAAAGUGGCCGCAGCACGCCAGGAGUCUGAAGACGUAAAACGGAAACAAGCUGAAGAGGGACUGUGAAUAGGUGACACGGAGAGGGCGUGAUCUGAAGAGAAGACAGAGUAAAGAGGUUGAAAAGCAACAGACCAAAAAGUAAUUGUGACCAUGUGUCAUGAUGAAUAGAUGAUAGAGUAAGUGUUGAAUGCAUGAAGGUAAAAAACUAAGGAGGGAUUCUGAAGGAAAGAGAAAAAUAGAGUGGCAAGUGGGGUGGAUAUGAAGAACUGAGUGAAGAAGGGACCAUGAACACGUGGCGUGAAGAAGAGGUUAGAGUGCACAAGAGAUGGAGGCAAACAAGAUAGACAGUGCAUAGUGAUUUGUGAAAUGCGGAAGAAUCUUACAAAUUAAACGAUCCAUAUAAUCAAGAGUUUCAUGUAAAGGAUUAAAUAUUCUCUAUAAUAAGAACUGUGAUAUCUUGCAGAAGAGUACAUCUAAUUUACAUGUACGUCUGUUUUCAGACCUACAUGUAAAUUAGUACAUGUAAAAUUGUACUUUAUAUUAAGGAGUAUGCAGUAUUACGAUGUCUAUGGGGGUUUUUUUGUUCACCCAUUUUUAUCUGUGAUAAUGUAAAUUUAGUUUAGUAUAUACAGUAUAUUUUGAUGUAUUAAGACGAUAUUGUAU